AUGGAGUUGAAUCCUAUGGAAAAGCCAGACUUCUCCGGCUACUUGAAGAAGAAGGGAGGAAACAUCAAGACCUAUAAGAGAAGAUGGUUUGAAUUGAGAGGAAAACUCUUGUUCUACUUCAAGAAACAAGGAGAUAAAAAACCAACUGGUUUCAUCAACAUUUCUGGAGCCAAAGUUGAAGUGGACGAAACAAAACCAAUCAGUUUCAAACUCAGAGGUAAAAACUUGGCAAGAGUUUAUGAAAUCUCUGCGGAAAAUGAAUUUGAUUUCAAUUCAUGGUUGAAAGAGUUGAACAAGGCAAUUAAUUAUAAUCCAACGCAAGACAAGGAAGGAUUGGAAGAAGUUAAAGAUGAAAUUCGUAAUGCCAAGUCACAAGAACAAGUGACAGUUUCUGGAAAGGCAUCAUCUGGCAAGAAGGUUACAUUGAGUGAUUUCGAAUUGUUGACUGUUGUCGGAAGAGGUUCAUUCGGUAAAGUUAUGAAAGUAAGAGAGAAGGGAACAUCUAAAGUUCUUGCCAUGAAAGUUCUCAGAAAGGACAUGAUCGUCAAGGAAAACAUGGUGUCACAUACUCUUGCUGAAAAGAAGAUUUUGCAAAGCAUUGAUCAUCCAUUCAUUGUUGCAUUACAUUACGCUUUCCAAACAGAAGAAAAACUCUAUCUUGUUUUGGAUUAUUUGCCUGGUGGUGAACUGUUCUUCCACUUGAGAGAAGAGACAAAAUUUGAUGUUGAACGUGCCAAAUUCUAUGCUGCUCAAAUUGUUCUUGCAAUUGAACAUUUACACAAGAAUGACAUUAUAUACAGAGAUUUGAAACCAGAAAAUGUCGUUCUUGAUGCAGAUGGUUAUGCUGUUUUGACUGAUUUUGGUUUAGCUAAAACAUCCAUUGGAAAUAAUACACCAACUUAUACUUUCUGCGGUACUCCUGAAUAUUUGGCUCCUGAAAUUUUGAAGGGCCAAGGUCACGGAAAAGCUGUCGAUUGGUGGAGUUUGGGUAUUUUACUUUAUGAAAUGAUUGUUGGUUUACCUCCAUUCUAUUCUGAAAAUAUCAAUGAAAUGUAUGAACUCAUUCUGAAGGCUCCUCUCAAAUUCCCAGGUACAGUUGAUGCUCAAGCUCAAUCACUUUUGAAGGGACUUUUAGAAAGAGAUGAACACAAGAGAUUAGGUGGUGGCCGCAAGAUGGAGCUGAAGUUCGAAACCAUCCAUUCUUCAAGAACAUUGAUUGGGAUAAGCUCUAUCACAAACAAAUCUCGGCUCCUUUCAAACCACAAUUGA